ACACGAUUUAUAAAAGUUACAUUAUCAACGAUUUCUCGAUUAGUAACAACAGUCGAUUGCUCUUCAUCAGAUUGAAAUAAUCGGCCUAAUUUCGCCUUUUAUUGUAAUCGAUUAUCAUCAUCCCCGUAGAAUCUGCAACUCUUUAGGUUUUCAUGCUAAGAUUUUCGCCGAGGAGCUGAUGUUUCUGCGGAGACGACUGUUAAACGAAGAGAUGAUAUUUUUUCCAGCCUAUAUUUUGGUAUGAUGAAUCUGCAGGAGUUCUGCAAGCAAAUAAUUAGAUUUCAGUCCCAAAAACCCAAAGCCCAAAUACGAUGGAACUGAUUUUCCUUUGUAUGCACCGAGACAGAAGUAGGUUUGAGUAUGGCUCCAAAGAAACAUCUCGUACAGUAGCUUGGGGGAGUAAAGUUUUGGAAUUUGGAAGCUUAUUGGAUGCAAAGGAAUAUUUUUUACACAUUUACUUUUGAACAUUCGUGAAGAUUAUCACAUCCUCCACGGUUUCUUAUCAACAACACACAGGAAAACGGAAUCCAUCUGUCUCUACUGAAUCAAAACCACAUUCUUAUGGAUGCCUUAAAGCAUUUUUUUCUUUAAAAAACCUGCUUUUGUGACCACUCAUUCACAUCAACACGUGGACAGAGUCUGCAGAUGGGCUAAUUAUUCAUGGAACAUCUCUCAACUCCACUUUCACUUUGCACCUUAUGGUGAGUAUUACAGGAAGCUUAUCCAAAGGUAAAUUCACUCUCUUUCUAAUCAUUAGAUUAGUGAGCUUUUUUUUUAUUAUUCUUUCAGAAUCCCUCUCUCCUGAAUUCCUCAUUAUUAGAUGUUUAUUCCUCCAGUUAAUUGUUGGUUCAUUUGCCUAACUCUUUGAAUUUGAAACAUUUUUGCUUAUUUUAAUUUCAUCUAGUACCUUGACAAUGAUAUCUGAUGUGUUUCAAUUAUCUAUUCGUCAUACUUGCUUAGAAAUAUCUAUGCUACCACUACCCUAGCCAUAUACAGAAUCUUUUUGGGGAGUUUAAUAGAAUAGACAAAUGUGGACUGUCUUCACUUAUUAUUGACUGUGAGCUGUCUUCACUUAUCAUUGACUGUGGGUUAGGCAGGUUUACCUCUUAGAGUUUUUUUCAUAUCUGCACUGCCCAUCAAUUGCUAGGGAUAAUUCUGUGCUGGUUUUGAAGAUCAACAAGCUUUUUCGUGGAGCCAUACAUAUAACCACUCUUAUUUAUUUCAGUCUCGACGUUGUAUUUUACAUUCACAUGAAUGUGCAUAAGCUGCAACACAUUUAAGUUUACCAAAUGGUACUAAUAGUGCCAGUGGAUACUGACAAAUCUUUUGAAGGCUUGCUGUUAAAUGAUUGCAAUAAGAGUAAGAAUACUAUGUUUUUGCUUAAUUUAGCAAGGGAAUUAGGCGACACAACUAAGAAAUUGUGAUAUUUUCAUUGAUCCCUUGGAAGUGGCACACAAGGUAUAAUAAUUUUGUGGAAAAAGUUAUAAAAAGUCAUAUCAGCUAAAAGUUGUAUCCCAAUUAUUAACAAACACCUGAGUAACAAAAGUUUGAUGUGGAUAAGAACUCCUUGUGACACAACACACAAGCGUCUGAAUAUGAGCGACUUGAGGUUUUUUUUCGCUAGUUUCUCUUAAGGCAUCCACUAUGAUUUGAUUGUUGAGCAGAAUGAUCGCUCUAGCAUAUAAUUCACUAGUAGCACACUUAUUAUGCUGAAAUGUCCUUAUAUAGUUAUCCUUAACACCUUGUUAUUUUUGGUCUUGUCUUGGCUGCCUCAAAGCAUCAUUUAGUACAGUUGGAUACAUUGAUCUUUUUCCUGCCAAAACAACUAUUAGUUGAAUUCACCAAUUAUAUGUAAUUAGUUCUAUGCAAGAAAGACAUGAACUUGAUACUAAUCCAGUGAGUUUAGAAGAGAGAUUAAUGCUGAAUUUUUCUUCAAAUGUGGUGUGGGUGUUGUGUGGUAUCAUUGGGAUUUUGGAGGGGGAGCAAGAGGGGACCAGGAUACGGAAACUUUUUAACUCUGAAGGGACACAUAUUGCUAGAAUCUGCUGGUAUGACAAAAACCUCAGCUGUAAGAAUAUUGUGUGUGCAUGACUUUGUAUGUGUCUCACUCGCACAGUUUCUUUGUUUCCAAGUCUGACACACCUACUUUGAUAUUUUGGGGGCGUUCACUUUCGCUGAUAGGAUUUGAUGAGAAAAAUAUAAGUUAAGCUACCAUUAACUUUGAUAGAUUGAUUAAUUCCAAACUUUUUUGAUCAUCUAAUCUUUCAAAUAGUCCAGUCAAUAAAUACUAGUAAUAUAAGUAUAACUAAUUAAGUUUUCUUAUUAAUAUUAUUCCAGAUUAAAUUGCUAAAAUAUAAAAUUAUCCGAUAUGGAAACUAUAGCUUAUGUAUCUUAUAUAGUAUGUAUGUGGUUUGUUUAUGAAAAAAAUAGUCAUUAUUGACCUCAGUGUCCCCAUAUCCAUGCCAUAGGGUAGCUCUUCAUUAAAUUAUGUCUCACUAUUUAACAUGUAAAAAUUGUACUUUCUCUUUAACACAUUCAAGCCAUGUUUCCUGAACUUGUUAAGUAAAUAUGUUUCCAAAUCGCUUAGAGUGAUGGUGUAUUUUGCAUAUUUUUUUCAAUAUAAUUUCAAAUGCUUUUUUUGGACAUCUCAAAACAACUGCAAGAUGUUACACAGUUUUGAAACCAAGAUAACCCACACUCUAAAACUACACAUGGAAAUGGGGGGACCUUCCUUGGAUCUUUUUCUCCAUUUAUGCAUCAAUUUUUUCACCUAUAUAUAACGCAUGCAACCAUAUGCUCUUUUCCUAUUGAAUCCAGAAAUACAAUCUUUUUUUUUUAUCUUUCACUUGCUUCUUGCUGUUUCUUUUUCAUUACAAUGGAGGGUAAUCAACUGCCAUGCCAAGCUUCCUACAUGAGAAAUGCUCUAUUCAGUCAGGGAUAUCUCGAUGAUCAGUUCCUUCAAUUGGAAGAUUUGCAAGAUGAAGGUAAUCCUAACUGUGUGGAAGAAGUGGUCAAGCUAUUUUACUCAGACUCAGCCCGCCUUAUUCAGAACAUAGAACUGACACUAGAAAAUACUCCCUGGGACUUCGAGAAACUGGAUAAUAUCAUGCAUCAGUAUAAGGGUAGCAGCUCUAGCAUUGGUGCCAAAAAAGUCAAGAAGGAAUUCACACAAUUUCAAGAAUACUGCAAAGUUGAGAACAUUGAUGGGUGCAUGAGAACAUUCCAAGAGGUAAAACAAGAGCAUGCAUCUCUGAAGAGGAAGCUUGAGAACUAUUUUCAGCUUGUAAGAGAAGCUCGAUAACUCGCUGGAGGAACGACGUUGCGAAGAUGAUGAUGCCUAAUAAGUGAAUGACUGUUAUUACUUGUAGAAUGGAAAACUUUUGACUAAAUAAGAGAAUGUUGCUUUCUGUAGAAUGAAGUAACUUUUGACCAGUCGAAUACGGAUGAUCAGUUUCCGUA